AUGCAGUGGACCCUAUAUUACUAUACCCCCUCAGCCCCAGCCGCUGGCAUCUUCGUGGGGCUAAUGGGGGUGAGCACUUUGCUCCAUUUUUAUCAACUCCUGCGCACACGCACUUGGUUUAUGAUUCCAUUCGUGAUUGGAACGAUCAUGGAAACUGUCGGUUAUAUUGGCCGUCUGCUAUCAUCGACUGAGUCACCCAACUACACCACGGGCCCUUACAUUAUGCAAAGUGCCCUUAUUUUGAUCGCCCCGGCGUUCCUUGCAGCGAGCAUAUACAUGACUCUCGGGCGGAUCAUCUUCAUGCUAGAUGGGGAGAAAAUUUCUCUAAUUCCACUCAAAUGGUUAACCAAGAUCUUUGUUGCGGGUGAUGUGCUAUCCUUCUUGAUGCAAGCCUCGGGUGCCGGAAUCAUGGUCAAGGAUACAGAUAAUCCCUCUACGGGCGAACGGAUCAUUAUUGGUGGUCUUUUCGUGCAAAUUAUCUUCUUCGGCUUCUUCGUCGUCAGCGCUCUUGUCUUCCAACUUCGCGUCAAAAAACAGCCUACUGCACGGUCUGGCGAACUUUCGAGCCUAUGGCACCGCCAUUUGACCGCUCUCUAUAUCGCCAGUGGGUUGAUCCUAGUUCGUUCGAUUGUUCGUGUUGUAGAGUAUCUACAGGGAUAUGAUGGAUACCUCAUGAAGCAGGAAGUCUUCAUCUACGUGUUUGAUGCUUUGUUGAUGUUUGUGGUGAUGAUGGUCCUUCAUAUCAUUCAUCCCAGUGAGGUGAAUUGCAUCAUUGGCCGUGGGACGCGAUACUCUGACAAAGUCAUCAUAACCCGCGACUUUGUCCCAGAGUCUGCGUUGGAGAUGAGAGAUAGUGAAGCAUAG